CCAGAUUCAAUUAGUGAUGGGAAUAGGAGGAGGAAACAAAACUCCAUACUUAUUGUUUCAACAGCCUCUGGCUCUGGCAUGUGUAUCAUGGUACUGAUGAUCUGGUGCAUCAUUAGGAAAAAAAGAACCAAUGGAAGAGGACGGGGAAGCAAAAUGGAAGAUGAACUAGAACUACCUUUAUUUGAUUUGGCUCCCAUUAUAUCUGCUACAAACAAUUUCUCUCCUCAGCAUAUGAUUAGAGCAGGUGGCUAUGGUCCUGUUUUCAAGCUCUCAAAUGGACAAGAAAUUGCUGUGAAGAGACUGUCCAAGGAUUCAGGACAGGGUCUUAAAGAGUUUAUGAAUGAAGUAGAUUUGAUUGCAAAGCUUCAACAUCGGAAUCUCGUUGCCCUUUUAGGCUGUUGCAUUCAAGGAGAAGAAAGGAGCUUAAUCUAUGAGUAAAUGCCCAACAAAAGCUUGGAUUAUUUUAUAUUUGGUUCGCACUUCUUGUUCUUGACUUAUCUUUAUUUAAUUGUCGAAUAAUUCUGCAAAUAUGAAUUUGAAAUUUCGAAUACGAUCAAAAUUAUUAUACUUAAGAA